AUGAGCUCACAUCGCAAGGCGCUGGCUGGCCUGGCUGUCCUUCGCCGACAGAGCUCUUUGGCCAUCUGCUACGGACGGUCUCAGCCAUCCAGGCGAGCGGUCGUAGCGCCGCCAAGACAGUUCAGCCUCUGUGUGCCACAGCGUGCAGAGACCUCUCUACCGAGCGCAAGGCUGCCCUUCGCUGAGCCUCCCUCCGAAGAGUCCUUGACCGAGCUCAGAGCGCUGCAAACGACGACGUGCGCAGACUGUCUGCAGGCUUUAGGCUAUGCUCGCCUGGACGAGCCACCGCUGUUUCGCGACGCUUUGCCGACAGCGAUAGCAUCCCACUUAGCCUCACUGGCCACCACGCAGCAUGACGAUACAAACUGGCUGACUGCACUGCUUGAGACGUCCGACUUGGACAGCUGCAGCGAUGCCCUCGACCCUACCUGUUUGGCGCGCAUACCUUCGGUGCUUGUGAACGUACUGGCUCACAAGUGUCGCACCACGCGCGACGGCGAUCUGCUCUACGAUACUCUGCGUAACGCUCUCGCGUCGGCUGCUGUUGAUGACGAUCGAGCUCUUGCGUGGCUCAAAGCGACGGUGGCAGCACUCGGCAGGCAGAGACGCGACAAUUUGACUUUUCGCAUCAUCGCUUGGCUGUGUCAGUCGAAUGACGCGCGAACGACACGACUCAGGGCCCGAAGAUCGACUUGGACCGCACUGGCCUCUGCUCUCUCAUCCGUCGCCGUCGUUGCAUGCCCGGCGAAUGCACCUGCAUACUCGCUACUGUGUGCCACAGCUGCCAAGUCACUCACUGAGGAUCAAUCGCGUCUGCGGACAUUUUCUGUCCUGCUCUACCGUUCCGACCUGCUAGAGUACGAAGAUGCCGCGCGGCUGGUCGAAUUGCUGGACUCUCACCGCUUGCGCCUUAACAUGGGAAUCUGUCUCGCUAUGGCCUGGGCUGCAAACGCUGCCCCGGAUCAUGACGGCGCAAGGACUCAGCAUUGGCUAGAGGAAGCGUCCCGUCAUCACACGGUCGUGAAAGAUGCCAUCUGGUCCGGCCCGAGACCUGUGGCAGGGCCAAGACGCGGCAGACGGAUCCGACUAUGGCGCUGGUGCUUGCAAGACGUUACCUUUGCUAGCCUGGCUUACCGGCUCCAGCACAUGUCCGGUCAAGACGCGCUCGAUCAGUACAAUGCGGCGCGCGAGGACUCGAGAGCCAAGCGAGCCCUCUCCGAUGCUGCUCGUCCUCAACGCGCCCAGCCCAGCGCAAACUUCACACGACUCAGUCUGGUCUGCGUUGUCUUGUCACGAGCAGCGUCAGAUCCUCAGGUUCCAGUGGGCACAGUGCUAGCCUUUCUCAGCGAUGUCCGGGAUCAAAGACGACUUGGGCAGAUACGCCAUCGUCUGGUCUCUGUCGAGACGGCAAAGGGCCUGCAGACCCAGGUCUUAUCGCCUUAUGUGUAUGAAGUCCUUCUCGAAGGCUUUCUCUAUCGCAAUGACCCGGCGCAAAUUCUCAAUGCCUGGCACGAAUUGCUCUUGCCUGAUCUCACAGUCGACAUCAAUUCGCAGCAUGUCCGGAUGUACGCCACUGCGCUCAUACGGCUCGGCAGGACAGCUCUCGCGCUGAAGAUCAUCUGCUACUUUGCUCAAAGCGUCUCGGUAACAGAUGGCGACGGUGACAUCGAAUUUCUGCGGUUUAUACAUCACCCGCGUAUCGAGAAGGCACAUCAACACAGCCACUUCAGCUCUCGUGAGCUGCUGAAACUCACGCGUGAGCUCACGUAUGCCCAGCGCUUUGACGAGGUCUAUGAGCUCUGGCAAGUGCACGCUGGCGAGGAAGGGGAGCGCUCCGCUAGCUCUUAUGCAGUCUUGCUCGAAGCCGCUCGCAAGGCUGUUCUGUCUCGCCGACUGGUCGAAUGGCAAGGUAGACAGCCCUGGCAGUACGCAAUGGAGCUUUACUGGCACGUUCUCGUGAAUGCCUAUCCGGCCGUUGCACGUCAGAUGGACAAGUACCGCGACGUUUCUUCGCUUCUGCGAGCUUUGCCAACGCUAGCAGAGCCUGAAGGGCGCUCAAUUAGCCUCGAGAGCGUGUCAGAGGCACAAGCGGACCUGAUCUCCGAGGAAGCAUUCGGAGAGCUCAUCCGGCUGUACGCAUACACCGAAUCCGCGGCGGAGAUCCCUCUCAUCCUGGCCUGGAUGCGCCAAUUGGGCGUCAAGCCAAGCAGGCCAAGCCUCGUCAUUGCUAUUAGCGCAUUUGCUAGAUCUGUCAGAACGCCGGCCCUGAUCUCAGCACUCUCGUCUUGGCUACAGGACUGGCUCGGCCGCGCAGCUAUGCCAACGUUUGCAGAGACGGAAGAGUCGCUCAGCAUGUUGCGAGACGGCGAGCUCAGCAAGUACCUUAACCGCAAGAGCAUCGCGGUAGCACGCGAGUACUUCCCCGAGAUGCAACUCGAGACUGUCACGGGCGCUGGACAUUGGGUCCACUCUGAAAAGCCCAGCGAGUUUAUGCAACUGAUGCGAGAAUUUUGCGCAUGACACGUUGUGUGGAUGAGUGUGCGAUGCAUCGCCUCUGACUUGCUAUAGAGCGACGCAAAAAGUCCAACCACCAUGUGACGAUGCUUCGUAUAAGUAAGCUGAAAGCAGUAGCAAGCAUGGACGGAGCAAGAGGUUUUGCGGGACGACCCGAAAGUCAUGCCCGCACGUAGGAAGUAUUGCGAC